AGAGAAACCAUAUUUUAGCAUUAACAAAUUAAACCCCAUCAUCCCCUAAUCUCAGCUCUCUGCACACCAAUAAGACAGACAAAGAGAGACAUGAAUGUUAUUCUAUUGCUCCAUAAACAAUGCAAAAAAUCCAGAUGGUGUUUAUUAGUGUGAGAGAGAGAGAGAGAGAGAGAGAGUGUGUAAGAGGCUGAGAGGGUCACAUGGCAUGUGAGCAACAGCUGUGUUCACUUCUCCCCACUUGAUAAAUACCCUUCUUACCAUCCUUACUCAGACUUUUGACUCUCUCUCUCUCACUCUCUCUCUCUUCCAAAGACACCAAAACCCACUUUCUCUCCAAAAACCAGAGCUUUCUUUAAGCUCUCUCUGAUGGCAGUUCUGAGACCCUAAAGCACAAACACCCACUGCUCUACUCAUAAACUCAAAAAUGAAAACUUUCAGCUCCUUCUUUCUCUUCCUCCUCUCCCUCACUUUCCUAUCUCUCCAAGCUUCCCAAGGUAGUACCACUUCCUCAUCCUACAAAGACACCCAGCGGCUUCUCAACUUCAAAGCCAGUGUAUCAAACCCAACCCUCCUCUCCAACUGGCUUCCAAACCAAAACACAUGUAACUUUACUGGCAUUACUUGCAAGGACUCCUUGGUGUCCUCCAUAGACCUUAGCUCUACCCAUCUAGGCACCAACUUUAGCCUUGUCUCAACCUUCCUUCUCUCCCUUGACCACCUAGAGACCCUUGUUCUAAAAGGCAUCAAUCUCACAGGCACCAUUUCUUUCACCAAAUGUAACACCUUUUUAACCACCUUAGAUCUCUCUCAAAACUCCCUCUCUGGCUCUCUCUCUGACAUUUCCAACUUGGGUUCUUGCUCGAGUUUGAAGUCUCUCAACCUCUCAAACAACGGGCUAGACUCUUCUUUCCUCAAAGACUCACCAAGACUCAAUCUUGAGGUACUUGAUCUUUCUAACAACAAGCUCUCAGGUCCAAGCGUGAUUACUUGGCUCUUCCAAUCCAGCUGCAAUGGUAUGCAAUGGUUGGUCUUGAAGGGAAACAAGCUCACUGGUGAGAUAGGCCCAACUCUAGCCACUUGUGAGACCCUUAAACAUCUAGACCUCUCAUCCAACAAUUUCUCAGUGGUUGUUCCUUCCUUUGGCGAUUGUUUAGCUUUGGAGUACCUUGACAUCUCUGGCAACAAGUUUUUUGGUGAUAUCAGCCACUCACUCUCUUCCUGUCACAAACUUAGCUUCUUGAACAUAUCCAGCAACCCGUUCGGUGGUAAUAUUCCAGUUCUCCCAGUACAAAACCUGCAGUUUCUUUAUGUAGCUGACAAUGAAUUACUUGGUGAAAUUCCUUUAUGGCUUUCAACUGCUUGUUCCAACCUCAUAGAGCUAGACCUUUCAACCAACAACCUCUCUGGCACGGUCCCAAGUGGUUUCGGCGCUUGUUCUUCUUUGGAAUCUUUGGAUAUAUCUGAGAAUAAAUUCUCAGGUGAAUUACCAAUCGAUAUUUUUACCAAGAUGGGAGCUUUAAAGAAGCUGUUCUUGUCCUUGAAUGGUUUCUCUGGUGUCCUGCCUGAUUCUUUGUCUCAGCUAGUGAAAUUGGAGACUUUGGAUCUUAGUGCCAACAAUUUCUCUGGCUCUAUUCCUAGUGCUCUCUGUCAAGGCACUGAGACCAACUUGAAAGAGCUUUUCUUACAGAACAACCUGUUCACAGGUUCAAUUCCCUCAAGUUUGAGCAACUGUUCACAACUGGUUUCUUUAGAUUUGAGCUUCAAUAGCCUGGGGGGAACUAUACCUCCAAGCUUGGGAAGCUUGUCAAAGCUUAGAGAUAUGAUAAUCUGGUUGAACAAGUUACAAGGUGAAAUCCCACAAGAGCUCAUGUACAUCCAGACACUUGAGAAUCUGAUCCUAGACUUCAAUGAGCUGACAGGGACUAUUCCUUCUGGGCUAAGCAACUGCACCAAUCUGAAUUGGAUUUCCUUGUCAAACAACAAAUUGAGUGGUGAGAUUCCAGCGUGGAUUGGUCAGUUUUCAAAGCUAGCAAUACUGAAACUCAGUAAUAACUCUUUCUCUGGGAGGAUCCCACCUGAACUUGGGGACUGUAAGAGCUUGAUAUGGUUGGAUCUCAAUACUAAUAAGUUGAAUGGGACUAUUCCACCUGAGCUUUUCAAGCAAUCAGGUAGUAUUGCAGUGAAGUACUUGAGUCAGAAGAGUUAUGUGUACAUCAAGAAUGAUGGGAGUAAGGAGUGUCAUGGAGCUGGGAAUUUGCUAGAGUUUGCUGGGAUUAAUAAAGAGCAGCUGAAUAGGAUUUCAACCAGGAAUCCUUGCAAUUUCACUAGAGUGUAUGGAGGUAAGUUGCAACCUACAUUUUACAACAAUGGGUCAAUCAUUUUUCUUGAUAUUUCAUACAACAUGUUGUCUGGUAGUAUUCCAAAGGAGAUUGGGAGUACUAUGUAUCUAUAUAUAUUGAAUUUGGGACAUAACAAUAUCUCUGGAGAAAUUCCACAGGAGAUUGGGGAUAUAAGGAGUCUUAACAUUCUUGAUCUCUCUAGCAAUAGGCUUCAAGGGCCAAUUCCACAAGCCUUGACUGCAUUGUCCCUGCUUACUGAGAUUGAUCUGUCUAAUAACUAUCUCAGUGGAAUGAUUCCUGAAAUGGGUCAGCUUGAAACAUUUCCAGCAUCUAGAUUUCAGAAUAAUUCAGGGUUAUGUGGCUAUCCUCUUCCCAAAUGUGGUGAAGAUCCGAGUUCGGGUUUGAAUUCACAGCAUCAGAAGUCUCAUAGGAGACAAGCAUCCCUUGCGGGGAGUGUGGCAAUGGGAUUGUUGUUCUCUCUAUUUUGUAUCGUUGGACUGAUUAUAGUUGCUAUUGAGACCAAGAAAAGGAGAAAAAAGAAGGAUGCGUCGUUUGAUGGUUAUGUUGAUAGUCGAUCUCAUUCAGGCACAGCCAAUGUUAGCUGGAAGCUAACUGGUGCCCGUGAAGCGUUAAGCAUCAACCUUGCUACAUUUGAGAAGCCGCUUCGGAAGCUCACUUUUGCUGAUCUUCUUAAUGCAACAAAUGGGUUCCAUAACGACAGCCUUAUAGGGUCUGGUGGUUUUGGUGAUGUGUACAAGGCUCAAUUGAAAGAUGGAAGCAUUGUGGCCAUCAAGAAACUAAUACACAUCAGCGGACAGGGUGAUCGGGAAUUCACUGCUGAAAUGGAAACCAUUGGGAAAAUCAAGCACAGGAACCUUGUCCCGCUUCUGGGUUACUGCAAGGUAGGAGAGGAAAGGCUUUUGGUGUAUGAGUACAUGAGGUAUGGAAGUUUAGAAGAUGUUCUACAUGACCCAAAGAAAUCUGGGAUCAAGCUGAAUUGGACUGUAAGGAGGAAGAUUGCCAUUGGGGCUGCGAGGGGUUUGGCUUUUCUACACCAUAAUUGCAUCCCACAUAUCAUUCACAGGGACAUGAAAUCAAGCAAUGUACUGCUUGAUGAAAACUUGGAAGCCAGAGUCUCUGAUUUUGGAAUGGCCAGGCUUAUGAGUGCGAUGGAUACUCAUUUGAGUGUCAGCACUCUAGCGGGUACUCCUGGCUAUGUCCCUCCUGAAUACUAUCAGAGCUUCAGAUGUUCCACAAAAGGUGAUGUUUACAGUUACGGGGUAGUUUUGCUUGAGCUGCUAACCGGGAAAAGACCAACUGAUUCAGCUGAUUUUGGUGACAACAAUCUUGUGGGGUGGGUGAAACAGCAUGCCAAAUUGAAAAUAAGUGAUGUUUUUGAUCCAGAACUAAUGAAAGAGGAUCCCACCCUAGAGAUUGAGCUCUUACAACACUUAAAAGUGGCUUGUGCUUGCUUGGAUGAUAGGCCAUGGCGGCGUCCCACAAUGAUUCAAGUCAUGGCAAUGUUCAAGGAAAUCCAAGCAGGGUGUGGGAUUGACUCUCAAUCUACAAUUGCCACAGAAGAUGGAGGUUUCAAUGCAGUUGAAAUGGUAGAGAUGAGCAUAAAGGAAGUCCCUGAACUAAGCAGCAAGCAGUAGUAAGCCAAAAACAGUUUCAAACAAAUUUUCAAAGAGCAUUCUUUGGGAUUAAGAAAGAAGAAAGAAGAAGGUCUGAGAUGAAGUUUUCAGCUCCCACAAAUUUUCCCCUCUUCUUUUAGCACUUCCAAGUAGCAUAUUGAAAACUGUUUCUGUAUCUCUACCAUUUCAUGUGUAUGUAGGUCUUGUUAUUUAUACAUAGAAGGUUGUUUUUAACUUUGUUAUAAAACGUGUAUAUAACACUUUCAAAUUGUUGUGA